AUGGAGCUGUUGGCUUGGAUUGGGUGGGUUGGAAUAGCCUUGCAGGAACCUGAGGCGGAGGCAGGUUUUGCCUUAUAUCUGAUUGAUAAUCUGCGCGCGUGGAUAGCAUCGACGGCGGUAAUGAGUCAGGAAGGAAAACUGGUUUUGAGGUCGGGAUCGAGGUCGGUUUGCCACCUGCGAAUUAUUAGUGUGCGCCGACAUAUAUCAAAUAUCCAAGUAUCGAAGUUUUAG